AUGCCAGGCAGAUGGAUCUGUCGCCCGACGUCAUGCCUGAGGCCCACUAGACUCCUUGCGUGGGCUCAAUCUCGCCAAUCCUCCGCUCAUGUCCCCGGUCGUCUCUUGAAAGGCAGUGACCUUGGUCCCACGCGCGAAGAUGCCCACCAAACCUUUCGCCGCCGUAAAGACAAGACAGCCAAAGCACUUCCGCUUUCGCCAUUGCUCGACCCGGUAGUCUUGGAUGAAAGGUCUCGCCACGAACAGACGAAAGAGCGACCCAACUUUGCUGGAUUGACGCCUUUCCAGAAGAAACUAUGGGAGAAUCCAUUUGCCCAUACGUUGGCAUCGCCAGUCCGUCAAUGUCGCGCAACAAUGAUCUCCCUUCCCGCCGCUUUCUUGACCUCUCUUCACGCACGUCCGCAUCCAACGACUAAAGACCCGUGGCUCGUGCCUGUCUCCCUCACGACCGACAAGAAGCACCUCGGACCCCCAUUCCGUUUCCUUGGGACUCGUCGGGUUACUGCACAACUGGGCAAGAAGAAAGCCUGGGAAAAAGGUCUAAACUCACGCAUGACCGAAAAGUUUGGCGGGCACAACUUGAAGAAGAUGGUUUGGAGGGAGGACAUGGCAGACUUCGUACUGGACAUGAUCCGCAAGAGCGUAGGAAGUAAGCUCAGCUGGAACUUUGGUUUCAGAGGUCGAUUGAUUCCAAUCGCGAGUCCCCGGACUGAAGACAUUGAGAGCGUGGAAGACGUUUCUUCUGUCCUCAUAUUCCGAUCGCUCCAUACCCGUGGGGAUGAUGUGCAAAAGCUGGCAGAUCUGAACAUGGCGGAGCUGGAAAAGUGGUCAGCCUACUUCACGAAGAGCUUCGAGGCGAAGUUGGAUCCACAUGCUACUCCAGAAGUCACUCACUCCUCACCACACUGGUAUACCGGUCCUGUAAUCGCUCGCCCGCAACCUCGCCUGAUGUUUUCGGAGCUCGAGUUUCAUACCACUAUUUGGCGAGGGAGGAGGGUUCCGGUCUACAGUUUGAUGGAUCUACUUGGAGAAGACAAGGCGCAAGAACUGAUAAAAGGCAGCAAGUACGCUGAUGAGAAAUGUGUCGUGAUGAAGAGAGCAAGACACAAUGUGCCGGUUGAGAUACUGCUCAUGCAACUCCAAGCAUAUAUAGCCCAACCAGGUCCUUGA